UCCAACUCCACCAGCUGACAAAACCGACCGAUAAUAACCCCCUUCACGUUCCCCGAUCUCAGCCCACACCACGAAAAAUCCCGAUUACUCUGUUUACAAUCACCUCGACCUCUGCAGCCAGCCAAAGAAGCGAGAACGAUGAGCGCCCAGGCAUACUACGAGCUCUACCGCGGGAGCAGCAUCGGCCUCUCCCUCACGGACACCCUGGACGACCUGAUCAACGAGGGCCGGAUCGAGCCCCAACUCGCCAUGAAGAUCCUCUCCACCUUCGACCGCAUCGUCACCGAGGUGUUAGCGGAUAAGGUGCGCGCGAGGUUGACUUUCAAGGGCCACCUCGACACCUACCGAUUCUGCGAUGAGGUCUGGACCUUCCUGAUCAAGGACGUGACGUUCAAGCUGGACAACCAGACCACCGUGUCGGCGGACAAGGUGAAGAUUGUGAGCUGUAACAGCAAGCGGCCUGGGGAGGUUUAGGUGGUGCUGUGGCAGGGGUUUAUUUGGUUUCAGGUUUCUUUUAUGCACUCGGCUGGGUUGUCUCUUUUUUUUUCCCUUCU